AUGAUGAUGAUGUCUCUGAACAGCAAGCAGGCGUUCGCCAUGCCUCACACCAGCUUGCCCGAGCCCAAGUAUUCCAGCCUGCAUCCUUCUUCUUCUUCGUCGUCGUCCACUUUGACUUCGAACGCGCCCUCGUCCUCGUGCUCGUCCUCGCGCCACAGCAGCUCGACUAGCGGCGGCGGCUCGGAGGCGAUGAGGCGCGCGUGUCUCCCAACCCCACCGAGCAAUAUAUUCGGCGGCUUGGAUGAGAGUUUGUUGGCCCGCGCGGAAGCUCUGGCGGCGGUGGAUAUAGUCUCGCAGACCAAGAGCCACCAUCAUCCUCCUCAUCACAGCCCCUUCAAGCCGGACGCGACCUACCACACCAUGAACACCUUGCCCUGCACCUCAUCGUCUUCAUCCUCAUCAUCCGUGCCCAUCUCGCACCCAUCAGCCCUGGCUAGCCACCACCACCACCACCACCACCACCACCACCACCAGCCACACCAGGCACUGGAGGGAGAGCUGCUGGACCACAUCACCCCGGGACUGGCGCUCGCCGGGGCCAUGGCCGGCCCAGAUGGCUCGGUGGUUUCCACGCCUGCGCACCCGGCCCACAUGGCGGGCAUGAACCACAUGCACCAGGCAGCCCUCAACAUGGCUCAUGCUCACGGACUGCCAUCACACAUGGGCUGCAUGAGCGACGUGGACGCUGAUCCCAGGGACUUGGAAGCUUUCGCAGAGCGCUUUAAACAGCGACGGAUCAAACUCGGCGUGACCCAGGCGGAUGUAGGGGCAGCGCUGGCCAACCUGAAGAUUCCUGGCGUUGGCUCUCUCAGCCAGAGUACCAUCUGUCGAUUCGAAUCACUCACGUUGUCCCAUAACAACAUGAUUGCGCUCAAGCCCAUCCUACAAGCCUGGCUGGAAGAGGCAGAGAAGUCACACCGCGAGAAACUCAACAAACCCGAGCUCUUCAACGGGGCUGAAAAAAAACGGAAGCGGACGUCCAUUGCAGCCCCAGAAAAGAGGUCUCUCGAAGCUUACUUCGCUAUUCAGCCGCGUCCGUCUUCAGAGAAAAUUGCAGCAAUUGCCGAAAAGCUGGACCUGAAAAAGAACGUGGUACGGGUUUGGUUCUGCAACCAGCGGCAGAAACAAAAACGCAUGAAAUACUCGGCUUGCGUGUAGCUUGGUUUAAAAACUCGCUCUAGAGACUAAACACCGUCGAGAGACUUCACAAACUGUUUAGAGACGAUUUGUAAAAUAUUUCUUACCAAAAUAUUUCUUUUUCAAUUACCGAUUACUUGUGCAUUGAAGCAUAUCACGUCAUUCGAAUUUACUGAAAACACCAAAUCACUGUCACGUCUAAGCGGAUGUGGGAUCACUUAAGGGACCGUUUGACGACCA